AUGGCGAUAUGUCAAUCAGUUGAUAUCCGAUCGAGAGAUAUGCUUCCAACUUGUAAUGCCACGACACGAUCCGAAGCCUAUUGGGCUGCCCACUGCGACACAUGUUUGAAUGUUGCCACGUGUGAUUUGCGAUCCUUGGUCUGGCUCAAAGACAACUGCAGGGAUGUUGACUACGUCAAUACGCGGACUGGGGGAUCAAAUGGCGAGUUGCUGUACUCUUGCCUAGAUAAUAUAACGUCCGUAUUUCUAGGCGACUCUACCUUGAGGCAGAUUGCGAAAAGAAUGGUGGCGCCUCAUGUGGGUGCAUAUGAGAUGUGGGCAAUGAACGGGCACAACUUCGCAAAAUUGCACAGCCGCAUACAGGAUAAGGGGAGAGGUGUCCGCCUGUAUUGGAACUACUUGCUGCAUCGAAGUCAGCCGGCCAAGGAGUUGAUUCGGCACACGCUGCUAAACAAAAUCUCAAGAAAGCAUCUACAAGAUAGACCCGUCGUGCUGGUGGUGGGCGGACUAUACACUUAUAUUGAGGGCGUUGAGGCAUUGGUGUCCGCGUGCAGGAAGUUAGAAGACGACGUUCGAGACAGUUCUGCACUAUCCAAGAAGUCGUCAGUCACUGUUGCCAGUCUGAAGAGUGAUUGUCCCUGGUCGGAGUUGAUUGGCGGCAAAGGAAUGCAGGUCAUAAUCAAAAGUCCUGGUAUGAGCAGGUUUGGCUGGUAUGAUUGUUGUUCAGAUGCAGGCUACACUGAUGUAAACGAAUGCCCUGUACACAUCCAAAACGAUUGCGCGAGGAUAUUGGCGAUUGAUGUCGAGCAGGAGAGACAAACAGCUUUGCAGAACGAGUAUGAUUGGUUCGAUACAUUGAACGCCACAGCAAGCAUGCGCUCAUUGGUGCGAGAGAAUGAUCAGAAUAAUUGUAGCUGUCACUAUGGAGUGAGGAGAUACGCCCAUGACAAACGGUGGAACGAGAAUAUUUGGCCGUACACAAAGUCAAGGAUGUUGGACAACCUAUCCAAUGUACUUGCGACACAAAUUUGCGGCGUGAGGUGACCUACCCGCCUGAGUUGUCAUUAAUUAAAUCAAAACCUUC